AUUAGUCGAAUUAAACAAUAUCAUUACUUCUAAUGUAUUCUAUUCUCGAAUGUUAAUUAUCUUUGUUUUUAAUUAGCUCAACGAACACAAUCGUCUACUAUCUUUGGUAUUCAACCUGCAUUCGAUCGUAAAGAUAGUGAUAAUACAUCAACGAGUAUAUCAACUGAAAAAUUAACUAAACCAGUACAACAAAUUUUAGAAAAAAAACCUGUUAAUAUAUUACCAAAACAAGUAUCAAAUACAAGAUCUUGGUCUGAUGAUACAAUAACAACACCAAUUGAACAAAUAAAAAAAUCUGAACGACAUAGUGAAACAUGGGAUUCAUCAACAUCUGAUGAUGAUAAUUUAGCUAUAUCUAAACCACAACAUGUAUCAAAUAUUUUACAAAAAACACUUCCAUUUUCAUUAUCAAAAGAUGAUUUAAAUGAAUCUGAUAGUGAUAAUAAUUCAGUUGAUACUGAAAUUCGAAAUUUUAAUAUAACUAAACCAUCAAAUGAAACAACAAUUCAAAAAUUAGUUAAUACUAAAAUUGGAGAUGGUUAUAAAGUUAUUGGACCAACAAAAAUUCAAUCACCUGUAAGUGAAGAUUCAUCAUGGACAACAACAUCUGCCAAAAUUAAUAAAGAACCAAUAAUACCAACAACAACAACAAAUACAAAAGGUAUUGUAAAUUUAGUACAACAAAUGAAAACAGAUGAAUCAACAUGGGAUGAUUCUCAAACAUUAAGUCAUAAUUUAAAACAAUCAAAAGAUUUAUCUCAAAUACAAACAAAAGGAGUUGAAAAUCUCAUAAAACAAAUAAAAACAGAUGAAUCAACAUGGGAUGAUUCUCAUCUAUUAAGUCAUAGUUUAAAACAAUCAAAAGAUUCAUCUAAAAUACAAACAAAAGGAAUUGAAAAUUUAGUCAAAAUUAUGGAUACAAUUGUACAAACAAAAUCAUCAAAUCGACCAACAUCGUCGAAUAUAAUUGGUAAACUCAUUACGACUUCAAUGUUUGAACGUCCUGAUUCAACAGCAUCACAAAGUACUUUACAUGAAAUAGAUAAUGAUGAAGAUUAUGAACAAAGUUGGAAAAAGAAGACUGAACAAGUACCUGUAUCAUCGAUGAAGGAUCAUGCUUCUAAAAAAAUACCACAUUCAUCAUUACCAUAUGAUACUAAUAAUUUACGUGGUUCAAUAUCAUCAACAAAAUCAUCGUUUAGUGAUUUACAAAUCAAUGAAUUAAAAGAAAAUAUUAAAAAACUUGAACGUAAUCAAGAAGAUACACAAGAAUUAAAACGACAAUUAAAAGAUAUGGAAAAUAAAAAAAAUAAUUUCGAAAAAUUAUAUAAAGAAAAUGAUCAAAUGUUACGACAUAUUGAAAAUAAAUUAGAACAAGAAAAAACUGAAAAACAACGUUUAGAAUGGACAACAAACAAUUUAAAUACAGAAUUACAAAAUAUUAAACAAAAACUUCAAUUAUUAGAAGAUGAAAAAGAUUUAUUAAAUCAACGUUGUAAUACAUUAAAAGAGGAACGAGAUAAACAUGAUGAAAAAUUACGUAUAUUACACGCAAAUAAUCUACCAACAACAAUAAAAAGUUCAUAUCAUGAUGAUGAUAAUAUUGAUAAAAUACAAUCUCGACAUCGUGAAGAAUUAAAAUUAUUAUCAGCUGAAAAUGAUGAUUUACAUAAUCGUACAAAACAAUUAGAAUCUGAUUUAGACUUACAUAAAGAAUCACUUGAUGUUACUGUACAUUAUAAAAUUAAAUUAGAAAAAGCUUUAGAAGAAAAAACAUUUUAUCAACAUGAAUUAGAUCGUUUAAAACAUGAAAAAAAUCUUAUUGAACAAGAAAAAUUUGAAUAUAAAACAAAAUAUAAUAGUUUACAAGAUGAAAUACGUAUUAUACUUUUAGAUCGUUCAAAACUUGAACAAAAUUUAACAAGUGAAUUACAUGAACAUAUACAAGAAAAACAUCGAACAACAAAUGAUCAACAAAAAUAUCGAAUAGAAAUUGAACAAUUAAAUAUGAAAUUAAAUGAUGCUGAAACACGUUUACAUUUAUUACAAACACAAAAUGAAACAUUAUUAAUAUCAAAAGAUCAAGAUAUAAAAAAUGAAUAUGAAACACUUUCACAACGUCUACAACAAAUUGAAUCAAAUAAAUUAAAUGCUGAACAACAUUAUCAUAAUCAACAUAAUGAAAUAACAAAUAAACAACAAAUUUUAAAUCAACCAUCUCUUACUCAUACAUCAAAUAAUCAAGAUAAACAUUCACAUUCUUUAUCAUCAUGUCAAAAUUGUAAUACAUUUCAACGAUAUUAUGAACAAGAACGUGAAUAUCGUUUACAAACUGAAAAAGAUAAUGAACGUUUACGUGAUACAGUUUCAUAUCAAAAACAAUAUCAAUAUUUAAAUAAACCAUUUUUAUUACAACAACAAAAUAAUGAAAAUUAUUUAGUUGAAAAUUCAAAAAAAAUUCGUAAUGAUACAGAUCGUGUUAAAUCAGAACUUAAUCGUUUACGUCAAGAUUUUGAUAAAUUAAUUUCAAAUUAUGAUCCAAUAAAUAAUUUUCAACAACAACAACAACAAACACAAUUAAAUUCACAAAUUGAUAUAUUUCGUCAAUUUUAUGAAAAUGAUUUUCGACAACGACAAUUACUUAUGUCAAAAUUAAUACCAACACUUAAAUCAUCAUUAACACAAAAUUAUCAUAAAUUAUCAUCACCAAAUUUAAAUCAUAAUCAUUCAUUUAAUGAAACUAGUACAACAUAUACAAAUAAUCGUUUACUUAGUGAACGACUUGAUAAAGCUAUUCAUACAAGUUUAGCUGAUCAACGUUUAUUAAAUAUAAAACAAAUUCCUGCUUUACCACGACAAGCUUCAUCAUUAUUAACAAUAAAUACUAUUAAUAAUAAUAAUAAUAAUAAUAGUCUCAUUUCGCCUUAUGAAUUUUUACGUGAACGUUAUCAUGUUUGA